CAUAACUUUUUUCGCAGGAUCUCACAAGUAUUAUCUUUUCAAAGAUAAUUUUUAUUAAUCAUCUCCAUUAAUUUUAUUAAUGCACCUUUUGUUAUGCAGAGUAGCAACAUUGCGCUCUUCUUGCUCUGGCAUAUAAUUCACUUAAUAAUCAAUGUUUUAUACAUUGUCCGCGAGAUCUUUCGUACAAUUGAAAGCUACCUUAUAACAAACAGAUAUGUGAAAACGUACACAAAUCUUAAUUUAGAUCGGGUCAAAUAUCUUGGAAUUGUUAUCGACAGUGAUGAAGCCCGUAACACAUCACAAGUGGUUGAACUUUUAGAGUGGCUUUCAGCUAUAGGCUUGAAGAAGAUCUGCCUUUAUGACCGAGAAGGCGUGUUGAAGAAGUCAAAGGCGGACUUCAUGGAGAGAUUUGGUCCACUUCUCGGGAAAAAAUGGAUGGAUUUUGAAUUUGUUUCAAUCAGCGAUGGAAAAGAAGCGGUUGCUAAAGCAGCUAACGUACUCUUCAAAAAGUAUUAUGUGGAUGAAGAAGAUUCAGAAAAACCAUUCUUUACUGAAACUCACUUAACUGAGGCACUAAAGACCCUCGGUGCCGUAGAGGCAGAUCCCGAUCUUUUAUUAAUUUAUGGGCCAGUGAGUUGCUUGCCACCUUGGUUUUCCAGCAUGGUGAAUUCUUUACACAGAGAUGGCGCACAUGGGACCAUUAAAGUACAAGAAAUUUGGUUUGAUUAUGAAAGCUAUUCACAGAUUCACUAUGGUGAAGCAAAACUAUGGUUCAUAAGAUUCUAGCUUCAGGCAUCAUUUCUUUCACUUUCAAUCUCUUCUUGUGAUUGUAAUGUUGAUGGUUGCAUAUCCUCCCUAUCUAGUCUUUCGUUCUUGACAUCUGGUUCGGCAUUACCAUUGGUUGCAUGAU